AUGUUUAAGAAAGUUAAAAAUUACUUCAAAUCUCUUAGAAUGAGUAGCUAGAUUAUUCUUAUUAACUUUUGUAUAGUUACAUUCACUGUGCUAGUGAUAUUAGCUACAUAUUAAGUUCAAUCAGCAAUCUUUUUCACUUUUAUUAAAACAUUUUCUUAGACUUUAUCAUAGAAACAAGAGAAACAUUUAGUGUAAAUAAUCUCUGAAUAACUUAGAUAAUAUAUAUAGCACAAAAAUUCUCAAAGUAUUAUGAAUAAUUUAUAUAGCAUUAUCAAAUUUAUAGCAUUCAAAUGAUUUUUUUCAAUAUGUAACUUAGUCAAGAAAUAGAUAUAAAGUAAUUUAAAGUUAGUUUUAAGAAUGUAUUGAGUAGAAUUAGAUAAAUGAAUACAAAGUAAUCUAUAAUUCAGAUAUUAUCUGUCAAGGAUUUGAAAUUGUAAAAUCUAAUAAUUAAGAACAAGAUUUUAAUGAUACUUUGACUUUACUAAGUCCAUUUUCUUAAUUAUUUAUUGCUAAUGAAGACUCUAAAAUUUCUUAUUUUGAUAUACCUAAGACUUAAUAUUUUGGAUCUUUUCCUAAUGCUUUCAAAUUUAAGAAUUAUAAUUUAUACACUCGACCUUGGUAAUUAUUAUAAUAAUCUUAAGGUAUAUCAAUCAUAUGACUUAAUCUAAAAUACAUCCAAAUUCUAGUUACUUUUAUUCACCCAUAUUAUUAUCAGCCCGUAAUAACUUACCUUAUUCUGCAUUGACAUAUUCACUAGUAAGAAAUAAUUCGAUGAUUGGAAUUGCAUUAUAAAUAUUACCUAUAUCAGAUACUAAUAUCUAAAAUAUUCCAUUAAAUAUCUUACUAGUACAUUAAAAUGGUGAUGUAAUAUUAAGUACUAUGGAUACAUUUCAUUAAAUAACUGAUUUAGUUAGAAUUACUAAUACUACUUAUACUGGAUUUAAUGAAACAGAUUGGCAGACUAUUUAAGAUAAUUCUAAGGAUAAUCAAAAUGAAAAUAGUACAUUUUAUUUGAUGAACAAAAUAUAUCAAAGAUCAGUAUUUGUCUAUACAUAUUAAUUUAUUAAAGAAAAUUUAACCAUGAUAGUGUAAUUAAAUUUAUAUAUAUAUUUUAAGAUUUAAGAAUGUUACAUAUGAAUAGGAAAUAGCAGAUGAGAUAACUAUUCUGAUAGAUAAUUUAGAAUCAGAAUUAAUUUAGUAAAUAUAAAUAUAGAUUGCUUGUUGUUCAUUUUUAUUAAUGGUCACUGCUAGUUUAAUUAGGUGUAUUUCAUAACCAUUAUUAAAAUUAAUUAAAGUAAUCAAUGAACAUGUUAUAAAAAUGGGUAAUAAUUUAAAUUCAGAAAUAUUUAAAAUGGCUUUUAAAACAUAAACAAAAAAAAAUGCAGAUUUAUUUUCUUCUUUGGCAUAUUAGUUUAUGGCAUUAAAAGAUUUAUAAACAAAAAGUUCUAAAAGAAAAAGUAAUCUUUGUUAAGAAAUGGAGUCUAUCUAAUAUAAUUUUAAAUUUUAAGAAACAGAUAGUAGUAAAAUUUAAGAAUUAAUAUAAUAAAUUCCUUAAAAUGAAACUAAAUCUCAAAAUUUAUAAUUUUUUCAAUUUGAUUCAUAAAAAUUAUUAACUCUCAAAAAAAUGAAUAAAAAAUCAUUUAGAUCUUUUUAAACUGAAGAAAUUGCUCUGAAUGAAGAUAUUGUUAAAAAUGAAUCAAUUAGUAAAAGAUUAUAUCUAAUUAAACAUUAGCUUUAAAAAAUAUACAAAUAAAACAAGCCAAAUUGA